CAAGAGGAAGUGUACGUAGUGGGGCGGGGGACAGGCCGAGUCUGUAGUCCCGGUUUGUACAUGCCUCUUUACUCUUUGCGGGGCUGUGCAUCUACAGGCAAGCAAGUCGGGACUCUAUACAUUUAUUGCACCAGUCAUUGUUUUUCCUAUCGGGAAGACACACGUCUAUUAAUGCUACUUGGUUGCAUGAGCGGGGCUUUUCCCCCCCAGCUGACUCCCUGGCAGCCGCUGAAUAAUAAUAGAAAAAACUCUUGAUCCCUCUAAUUACGGGUUCUGGACGAAGAUUUUUUUUUUUGUUAUUAGUUUCGCUUGGUGAGGUGGGCAUUUUACUUUUUUUCUUUGUGAGUUUUUUUGUGCGUGUCCUUAGAAGAUUUUUAGCAGUGGGCGUGCUGCUUCUGCCGAGACACCUCGAGUACUAGGAGGGGGUGAAAGACAAAAAAAAAGCACUUGUGAACGCCGGGGUGGGGGAAGAGGUGGAAGAGAGAGAGAUGGAGAACUAGGAUUGGCGGCUGUUUUGUUUUUUCCUUUUUUUUUUUAAAGAAAGACACUCUUUCCAAUUAGAGCCAGGAGUCUGCUCUUAAACUCCCAGUGCAAAGUUGCGGUGAAAGGCGUGCGAAAGUGUCGGAGAGGCAAACGCGGUGUGGAGCUACAACUACUACUCGUAGGCAGUCGUGCCUUAAGUAGCGGGGGACGACGCGCUCGUAAAGGGGGCUUGAGAGCUCCGACUGACUGGCAAAGUUGAGUGUCUUGUUUCAAGCGGGUGCCAAGCUGAGCCCCGCCGACUUCCCCGCAGCCGCUGCGGCGCGCGCCGACCCCCAAAAUGGUGCAACAGACAAACAACGCGGAGAACACGGAAGCGCUCCUGGCCGGCGAAAGCUCGGACUCCGGAGCCAGUAUCGAGCUGGGUAUCGCCUCUUCUCCCACUCCGGGCUCGACUGCUUCGACGGGGGGCAAAGCGGACGAUCCGAGCUGGUGCAAGACGCCCAGCGGGCACAUCAAGCGGCCCAUGAACGCCUUCAUGGUGUGGUCCCAGAUAGAGAGGAGGAAGAUCAUGGAGCAGUCCCCGGACAUGCACAACGCUGAGAUCUCCAAGCGCCUGGGCAAGCGUUGGAAGCUGCUCAAGGACAGCGACAAGAUCCCUUUCAUCCGGGAGGCGGAGCGGCUGCGCCUCAAGCACAUGGCGGACUACCCCGAUUACAAGUACCGACCCAGGAAGAAGGUGAAAUCGGGCACGAACUCUGGGAAGCCGGGUGAGAAGAGCGGGGGUGGAGGGAGUGGCGGCGGCAGUCAGGGAGCAGCCGCCUCCGCGGCUGCUUCCAGCUCUACUAAGCUCGCUCAGAAAAAGGGCAGUGCCGCCAAACUCUCUCCCAGUGGCGCCGGCAAGCCGCAUCCCAAACUCAGCCUGAGCGGCGGCGGCGGCGCGAAAGCUCCGUCCUCUUUUGCAUCGGAACAGCCGGCCGCCCUCCUGCCCCCGGAGCACCAUUCUCUGUACAAAUCCCGCGCCGCCUCGCCGGGCUCCUCCUCGCCCUCCAGCAGCAGCAGCAGCAGCAGCCGACCUGAGAAAAAGGCCAAGCGGCUCUACCUCUGCUCCCAUUCGUCGCCCGGCGGCGCCGUUCCGGCCAGCCCGACCCUAAGCACUUCCACCGAAGCCAGCGACCCGCUGAGCCUGUACGACGAAGUGGCGGUCGUGGGCAGCCGGCAGGACGGGGGUGAGACGUCCGCUUCCCCCGUGGGCGAUUGCUCGCCGUCGGACCAUCGAAGCUACACCAGCCUGCGGGCGCCCUCGCCCACACCGUCGACCUCGCACUCCUCGUCGGGUUCCUCCUCCGCCUCCUGCGCUUCCUCCUCCUCGGAUGACGAGUUCGAAGACGACCUGUUGGACCUCAACCCCAGCCCUGGUUUCGACGGCAUGGCGCUGGGGAGCCUGGGCUCUUCGGUCCUCGACAGGGAUCUGGAUUUUAACUUGGAGCCUGGCUCGGGCUCUCACUUUGAGUUCCCAGACUAUUGUACCCCGGAGGUAAGUGAGAUGAUCUCGGGAGACUGGCUCGAAUCCAGCAUUUCCAACUUGGUCUUCACGUACUGAGCGGGUGGACGAAGGAUUAGCGAAGAGCGAGCGGUGCGCGUGGGAAAGGGAGAGACGCGGACAUGGCGCUCAGCUCCUCUCGGGCGAGCUGCAAAACUGGAGAGCCAGCAUUUCGCCCACGGUUGUUGAGUGUGGCCCCCCUACCCGCCCGCGUUACUGAAACUGACUUGAGGGGUGCGCGCGCGCGUCCUUUCAUCGCUAACGCAGCAAAAGAGAUCGACGUGUUCUUCACCGAAAAAGCCACCACAGAAAUAUCCAGCUACAUCGAUCCCCACCCACCCCUUUUUUCCACGUUUCAUCCUUCUUUUGCAGCCGAAGAAUGAGAAGCACGUUUCAGACUCUGGUGAGAAUCUAGUGGCUUGAACAGGAAUGGCAACUCCAGCAGGAGGGGGUGGAAAUCGCACAGAUCUUUGCUUCUUGUUGUUGGAAGGGGUUGGAGGGAGGGGAAAAGGUAGAUUCUGCUGUGUAUUAGAUAUGUCUUCAGGUUAGGAGCUAAAGCUAGUGUGCUUUCAACAAAUCUGCAGACCUGCAGCCAAUUUAAAUUUUUGGAGGGUUCUCUUUUUAUACAUCAAAAGAGAUGAGGGAAGCCCUGGGAACUGGACUGAAUCCUUAAUGGAACAAAAAGAGGCGAGCAUUUUAAAAUGAACUGGAAACUCGGCUGAAAAUAUGGUAAUAAUAAUAAAACCGAAAAGGAUUUGCACGUAUAUGGGAGAAGGUGGUGGUGAUUUUCUUAGUCACAUUACCUUAUAUUCAUAGAAGUCAUAUGUGGAAUUUCAACAACACUUAACUUUUUUUUUUUUUUAUGGAGACAGAUAUAGAACAUACCAAGUUUCUGUAAUGAUGUGGUACAGGGGAAAUUGAGGGCGAUUGCUCUUUCUUGCAAAAGUGUGUUUUUCUUACUCAGAAUCGUGAUGGUGUUGGAUUAUUUCUCUGGUGGGGUUUAAUAUAGCAUGUUAUUCUAUCUUUUGGAGUUUUUUGUAAGACUGUUGAACAGUUUAAAAAGAAUAGUGUUAGAAUAAUAUAAAAAGCAGAUAGAUGGCGCUAUGUUUGAUUCCUACAAAAAUUAUCACCAGCUUUUUUUCAUUAACUCUUUAAAGGAUUCAAACGCAACUCAAAUCUGUGCUGGACUUCAAAAAACACAGGACCAAAUUUUUCCUCAGUGUGUGUGUGUGUGUGUGUUCCUCUGUAGCUGUAAAUGAAGACUUUUUUCACAACAGGAUUCAUUCUUGAAAUGUUCUUUUUCUUUCUAAAUGAAAUUGGAUGCCAUUUUAUAAGUGAAGUAUUUAUACUGGCCAAACGUUUUUACUUGUAUUCCUUUGUCCUUUUUUUUGUAGUUUUGUUUGUUACCCACAACAUUUUUUAUGUCACCUUCACUGAAGGGCUAGAGUUUUAACUUUUAAUUUUUUUAUAUUUAAAUGUAGACUUUUGACACUUUUAAAAACAGAAGAGAAGAUGAAAACGUUUGAUUAUUUUCUCAGUGUAUUUUUGUAAAAAAUAUAUAAGGGGUGUAAAUUGCUGUUUUGGAUUUCCUGAUUAUAAAUAGGGCUGCUGGUUAAUCUCCCUCACACAAAAUCAGUCCCUGCUUUCAUCAUGUUUACACUCCAAUCUGCAGGCUUCUUAAAGAGACAGUAUCUCUUCUAUUUACCAUUCAACUCUAUUUGAGUUGAGAGAGGGAUUGAACUCUAAUCCACUGUAGGGCUAAUUUCUAACAAAUCCUCCCUUAAAAUAAACAGUAUGUUGUACAGAGACAACAAGAAUAUUUUUCAGGAAAAAGGGAUCCUGUAGCUUUAACUUCAAAACCACAUCUUUUGCACUUUUUGUAAGCAAAAAAAAAGUAAACAAAAACCAUGCCAUUUAAAUCACUGGACCUAUCUAAAUGCCGAUUUGAGUUCGCAACACUAUGUACUGCAUUUUUCAUUCUUGUAUUUGACUAUUUAAUCCUUAUACUUGUUGCUAAGUAUAAUUGUUUUAGUCUCUUAUGGCAUGAUGAUAGCAUAUGUAUUCAGGUUUAUAGCUGUUGUGUUUAAGACGAGAAAAAGUGAAAACAUCUUUGUACAUUUAAGUCUGUAUAAUAAGCAAAAAAGAUUGUGUGUUUAUGUAUGUUAAUAUAACAUGACAGGCACGAGAACAUCUGCCUAAUGAAGAGGUUCCGUUAAGGGUUUUUUCUUCUUUGGUUUUCUUUUUGGUUUUUUGGUCAUCCAUCCUGUGCAAUAUGCUGUGUGGAAUAUCUUUGUCUAACAAUCUGCCCAUAAUACAAUGUUGGGGAGGGGGGAGGGGAGGGAAAAGCUGGCUAAUAAGGCCAGGUUCACUGCCUGUCAGAUUGUCAAUAUUCUUUCUGUAAAUAACCUUUUCCGCAAAGGAAAUAAAAUCAGCUGGAACUGAACCCUAAAA